AAAUGAGAAUAGAGCAUUGAUGGAUGGACGAUCUUCUCUUCAGUCUUCACCCAGAAAUAUCAAAACUUCACUAGCUCAGUUUAAUUAUAAUCAAGAAGGGCAAGCUAAGGGAUUGUAUUUGCUUGAGGGAUGGCUGAUGCUGUUGUAGAGUUUCUUUUAGAGAAUUUGAAGCAAUUACUGCUUUACCAUGUUGACCUGCUUUCUGGGGUGAAGGAUCAAGUUGAAUCUCUUCAUAGGGAGUUGAGUUUGAUGAAGGCCUUUCUUAAGGACUCCAGGGAGAAGCGUAGUGAGUAUGAAUAUGUUCGAGAAUUAGUAAGUCAAAUCACGAUAGUUGCGUAUGAGGCAGAGGAUAUAAUCGAUACAUUUGUAGUGAAUGCUGCUGCCCAGAAGGCGAGAAGCACCAUGAAAAGAGUGAUAUAUGCAUUUGAUCAUUCUUCCAAGCUCCGCAAUGUUGCCAAAGAGAUUCAAACCAUCAAGGUAAAGGUGAAAGAGAUUUAUGACAAAAAGUUGUUUGGAAUUGAAAGCCUUCACGGGAGAGAGCCUUCUCGUAGAACUCCACCACGGAAAAAAACACCUAUUGUGGAAGAAGAAAACGUGGUGGGGUUCAAUGAAGAGGCUAAAGUAGUCAUGGAUCGCCUUACUAAAGGCUCUAAGGAGCUAGAAAUUGUCUCAAUUGUUGGCAUGGGGGGUCUCGGGAAAACAACAUUAGCUAAAAAGAUUUAUACAGAUCCUUCCAUUGAGUACCAUUUUUAUAAUCGCGCAUGGAUUUAUGUCUCUCAACAAUACAGUAGAAAGGAAGCUUUUCUUGGAAUUUUAGAUUCUUUAGGCCUACUUAGUGAGCAAAUGUAUAGAAUGAAUGACGAUAGGUUAGCUGAAGAGCUAUGUGGUCAAUUGAAGAGCAAUCGGUAUCUUAUUGUCAUUGAUGAUGUUUGGACAAACGAAGCUUGGGAUGAUCUUAAAAUGGCAUUUCCAAAGACUAGUUUUGGGAGUAGGAUACUAUUAACCAGUCGGAACACAGAGGUAGCCUUGCAUGCUGAUCCCGAAAGUCCUCAUCAUUUGCAGUUUCUAACUGAUGAAAAAAGUUGGGAACUCCUAUGCAAGAAGGUCUUCCGGAAAGGAAGUUGCCCUUCUGAGUUGGAACAUUUAGGAUCGGAAAUUGCAAGAAGAUGUUAUGGACUGCCACUUGCAAUUGUGGUAGUUUCCGGACUUCUUGUAAAGAGGGAAAAGACUCGUGAUUGGUGGAAGAAAGUUGCCGAUGCUGUUAGUUCGUAUGUUGCUCGAGAUCCAAAGGAGUGUAUGGAUAUCCUAGCACUAAGUUACAAGCACCUACCAGAUCACUUGAAAGUCUGCUUCAUCUACUUUGGGGUUUUCCCCGAAGACUUUGAGAUCCUAGUUUGGAAAUUACUCAAGUUAUGGAUUGCCGAGGGAUUGAUUCAGCAUUUGGGUCAGGAAUGCUUAGAAUAUACUGCAUAUGAAUAUCUCGAGGAUCUUGUUGAUAGAAAUUUAGUUUUGAUUGCGAAUAAGAGGGCAAAUGGAAGGAUUAAAACAUGUCGCAUUCAUGAUAUGUUGCGUGAUCUGUGUGUGAAAAUGGGUGCAGAGGAGAGAUUUCUAGAGGUGAUCAAAAGCUCGACAGAAAACCAUUCUCUAAGUUCAAUUCCAAGUUAUAAUCGUCGGUUGUGUGUUCAUUCCCAUUUCUUGGACUUCGUUUCUUCAAAGCCUUAUAGGCCUCACGUUCGCUCCUUUAUGUGUUUUGCCUCGGAAGAAGUGGACUUGCCUCGCGAGCAUACAUCAUUCAUCCAAGAAGCCUUCAGAUUGGUGAGAGUAGUGGACCUAAGGUGCAUUAGUUUCUCACGCUUUCCUAAUGAGAUUGUACAAUUGGUUCACUUGAGGUACAUCGCCAUCUCGGGAAAUUUCAAGGUUCUCCCGGCUUCAAUCUCUAACCUUUGGAAUCUUCAAACACUCAUUGUGGAAACAAAGUCCCGCGAGCUUGACAUCAAAGUUGAUAUUUGGAAAAUGUCACAGUUUAGGCACCUGUAUACAAGUGCCCUGAGUUGCCUUUGUGGACCUCCUGCCCAAGCGCGCAAGGACAAUGAAGAUCCAUUUGUGAGAAGAAACAUUCAAACCAUUUCCACUGUAUCGCCUACUUGUUGUACAGAGAAUAUACUUGCAAGGACUCCUAGUUUGAGAAAACUCGGGAUUCGAGGGAAGUUAGUGACACUAGUGACAACAAAUGGAGGGUCAGUUAUGUUUGACAAUCUUGCCAAAUUGGACCACCUUGAGACAUUAAAGUUGCUAAAUGACACAUUCCCACUUCAUCCAUCUCAGUGUCAAAUACCAAGUCUUCCCCAGUGGUAUAAGUUUCCCCCAAACCUGAAGAAGCUAACUUUGUCAGACACCUUUCUGGAUUGGCAACAUAUAUCUACUCUAGGCAUGUUGCCGAACCUUGAAGUGCUAAAACUGAAAGACUACGCUUUCAAGGGAACUCAUUGGGAACCGUUGGAUGGAGCGUUUCGCCUUCUCAGAGUCCUGCAUAUUGGACGGACGGAUUUGGUGUACUGGAAUGCUUCAAGUCAUCACUUUCCUAGGCUUCAACAUGUCCUCCUUAGACACUGUGAAAAGCUAGUCGGGAUCCCGUCUAGCCUUGGGGAAGUUUCUUCACUACAAAAUUUAGAGCUCUACUGGCCCCUGCCAUCUGCUGCAGCUUCUGCUAGGGUCAUCCAAACCCAAAGGGUAAAUAGCCAGUUGCUAGAAGGGAUUGUAAACAAUAGCUUUAAGCUCUUUAUCUAUCCUCCAGAUCUUUAAUAAAUGUAUUUCAUCAAAUUUUAAAUAUGUUAGUAUGGAAGGUGAUUGGAUUCUUCUUCUUUU